AUGGCCCUGAGCGAGCUGGCGCUGCUCCGCUGGCUGCUGGAGAGCCGCCACUCGCGGAAGCUCAUCCUGUUCAUCGUGUUCCUGGCGCUGCUGCUGGACAACAUGCUGCUCACCGUCGUGGUCCCGAUCAUCCCGAGCUACUUGUAUAGCAUUAAUCAUGAGAAGAACGCCACCGAAAUCCAGACCGCCAAGCCAGGGCUCACAGCCUCUCCCUCAGACAGCUUCCAGAGCAUCUUCUCUUAUUAUGACAACACCACCAUAGUCACGGGAAACAGCACCCGAGCCCUUCACGGGGGGUUGCUGCCGCCGGCCACCACACAGCGUGCGGUGACGAACACCUCCACGGGGCCUUCUGACUGUCCCAGUGAGGACAAGGACCUCCUGAAUGAGAACGUGCAAGUUGGCCUGCUCUUUGCCUCUAAAGCUACCGUCCAGCUCCUCACCAACCCCUUCGUAGGAAUGCUGACCAACAGAAUCGGCUAUCCAAUUCCAAUGUUUGCGGGAUUCUGCAUCAUGUUUGUGUCGACAAUUAUGUUCGCCUUCUCCAGCAGCUACGCCUUCCUGCUCAUCGCCAGGUCGCUACAGGGCAUUGGCUCAUCCUGCUCGUCUGUAGCUGGGAUGGGCAUGCUGGCCAGUGUGUACACGGAUGACGAAGAGCGAGGCAACGCCAUGGGCAUCGCCCUGGGAGGCCUGGCCAUGGGGGUGCUAGUGGGCCCCCCCUUUGGGAGUGUGCUUUACGAGUUUGUGGGGAAGACCGCUCCAUUCCUGGUGCUGGCUGCCCUGGUGCUCUUGGAUGGGGCUAUUCAGCUCUUUGUGCUCCAGCCGUCCCGGGUACAGCCAGAGAGCCAGAAGGGGACGCCGCUAGCCACAUUGCUGAAGGACCCCUACAUCCUCAUCGCCGCAGGGUCCAUCUGCUUUGCAAACAUGGGGAUUGCCAUGCUGGAGCCAGCCCUGCCCAUCUGGAUGAUGGAGACCAUGUGUUCCCGCAAGUGGCAGCUGGGCAUUGCUUUCUUGCCAGCUAGCGUCUCUUAUCUCAUUGGAACCAAUAUUUUUGGGAUGCUCGCACACAAAAUGGGGAGGUGGCUUUGUGCUCUUCUAGGAAUGAUAAUUGUUGGAAUCAGCAUUUUAUGUAUUCCUUUUGCAAAAAACAUUUAUGGACUCAUAGCUCCCAACUUUGGAGUUGGUUUUGCAAUCGGAAUGGUGGAUUCAUCAAUGAUGCCCAUCAUGGGCUACCUGGUCGACCUGCGGCACGUGUCUGUCUACGGGAGCGUGUAUGCCAUUGCGGAUGUGGCCUUCUGCAUGGGAUAUGCCAUAGGUCCUUCUGCUGGUGGGGCUAUCGCAAAGGCAAUCGGAUUUCCAUGGCUCAUGACCAUUAUUGGAAUAAUUGAUAUUCUUUUUGCUCCUCUCUGCUUUUUUCUUCGAAGUCCACCUGCCAAGGAAGAAAAAAUGGCUAUUCUCAUGGAUCACAACUGUCCCAUUAAAACAAAAAUGUACACCCAGAAUAAUAUCCAGUCGUAUCCAGUAGGUGAUGAUGAAGAAUCUGAAAGUGACUGAGAUCCUCAAAAGUCUCAAAGUAUUUAUUGUAUAAAACCGUGUUUCCAGAAGUGAAAUGACUCCUCCGGAACAGUCUUAGUCCUACCAUUCAUCCCUGGUGAAAGCGAAACAACCAAAGGUUAUUCAUUCUUCUCCAUGGUUGUGAUUGAUUGCCAACAGCCUUAUAAAGAAAAAGCAGCUUUUCUAGGGGUUUG